UUUGCUUGUGCUGCGUGUAAGAACCACCAGGUCCGAUUGCUGAUCGCUGGGGGGGAUGUGCGCGGUCCUUGCGCAGGAUUUGGAAUCCAAUUCGGGUCGCUUGGCGAAGCAGAUCAAGAAUUACUGCGACGUGAAGACUGUCAAAGAUAUGGUACAAGAAAAUGAGAGAUUCAACAAGCAGAUUGUCGAGGAUUUGGUGAAGAUCGUCAACAAAAUGAACGAUAUGGUGGCAGCUUCGCACACCCAGUUCGUGACGCUGCAGAAUAUGGUAGCUGACGUCGAAGCGUUGCGUUUGAAGGCCGCGAAGGAGAUAAGGAACAUGGAAGUACCGCACAUACGAGGUAGUUGGCAAUCAAUUUGUGUUCUGUCUCAGAUUAGUCUGCAACUUUCUUCAAGAAUGGAAUGAUCGUCCUGAGAUUUACUGCAGAUCUGGAGGAAAUGAUCUUAAAAGCGCAUAAAAAGGAAGCACCCACAAUGAGAUAGUCAUGCCACGCCAAGUGGCGCUCACAAACAAGUUGCGGACGCUUGAGAGCCGCUGCGUGGAGCUAAGAGAUACCGAGACGAAACUGAGGCGCAGCAAAGAAGCUGUGCAACUUCAAUUCGAGAAGGAAAUGGAAAAUGUAAAAUCGAAUCUGUUCUUAACGUUUUGAUGGUAACAGCGGUUAGAGGAUUGAAAACAUCUAACCGAAGUUGAAUGGACUUCACAGUCAGGAUAGGAUUAUCAGUGAACUUUGGCUCUGCAAGCUGGGCUUUAAAUCAUGAAGAUUCAUUCGACAGGCACAAAGACUGGCAAAGGAGGCCAGCUAGCAGGCGGAAUUGCAUGCAGCAAUGCGGUGCAAGCAAACGGUGGAACAGAAAGAGCUAAUCCAAAUAUACGAGGGCGAGAGCAUGGAGCUGGAGCUUGCCGUUCAGAGGAAGAUAAUGGAGCCGAUGCAGAAGCAACUGCUUGAGCUGGAGAAGCAUCAAGUCAAGGGAUUGCUUGAAAUGGAAAAAUCGGAAGAAUCGGACAAGGACAAGCUUGCCGAGCUUGAAGCUGAGCUGGAGAUGAAUCAAGUCAUGGUCAAUGCGCUGUCCACGAUUGAGCGAACAGCGAAUGGACUCGAGGAGGCAAAUAAAGUCGCCGUAGACGUGAGUUUCUCUUAGUUUAGAAUAAGACUUCUCUUUUGGGGUGAAUGACGUACCAGCCUUUCGUAUCUCUAACCCUACAUCAGUUGUUGAAAACGUAUGGAGACGAGACUAUUGUUGGCAUCAAGUACGCGGGAUCAAUCAAAAAAGCACCAUGGAUAGCUGCUUGCAAGAGGAAAUACCAUCCUGACAGUUGUGAAGAGGCAGCGUCAAAAAUGAUAUCUGAAUGGGAACAACGGUUGAAGGAUCCGAAGUGUCACCCAUUUACGACGGUGGGCGUUGGAGGGGACAACUGGAAGGUGAUUUUGCAAGUUCUGGAUGAGUAUUUUUAUGCUCGAGUUGAAAGCCUAAGCAUGGUAAAUUGCAUUGUUUUGAAUGGACUGAGGGGAAGUUGAAAACGAUUUGCGGCGGCUUUCGAACUGUUCAGCGAAUCAUUAAUAAGAAUGAUAAAUUCCUGAAGGAGCUGAACCAGAAUUUGGGGA